ACCAUCGCAGGUGACACAUGUUGCCGACCUGACCUCGACAUCGACCUCUGAUCUUCCAUUCUUGUUAGAUCAAUACGUCCCCUCCCGUCGGCCUCUAUAACACAGUUCUGUGCAGCCUGCGGGCGUUUGCCCUCGAUUUCGCCUGGGGUGAUCCGUUCAACCUUCAUCCCACGCCCAUUCUCCUCAGUCCCAUCGUCUGCCAAACAUGGCGCAGAACUUGGUCUCUACCGUCAUUACCUACCACAAGCCCGGUACCCAGCCGCCGCUCUACGUCGCAGGCACCUUUUCGGACCCUCCAUGGCAGCCCCAGGAGAUGGAUCAUAUGGCCAGGCAGGACGGGGAAUAUGACUUCAAAAAGGAGAUUCGCGCGGAGCCGCGCUCCAGAAUCCAGUAUAAGUUUCGCGUUGGCGAUGGGGAAUGGGUUCUGAAGGACGACGGGCCGACUACGACAGACAGCUUUGGCAAUACGAACCACGUGCUGGAAGUAGGGACUCAGGAAGAGGCGUCAACCACCCAAGCCCAAGACCGGGAGGGCACCCGAGACAGACGGGAAUCCCGAGGCGCUGGCCGCUUGUCGUACGCCAAGGUAGCUGCGAAGCAGUUCGAACCUCCCGCCGAGCAGGCUUCCGCCGGCCGUUCUCGCACGGGUACCCCGAUAUUUGCGAGAACCGCUGCCGAAGUAGCCGAUUCUUCCGCUGAGCUCCUCCACGAGGAAGUGCCGGAGCGGGAGAAACCCGAGGGCAACCGCAACCGCGGGGAAGAGGCAGGGAGGCGGAAUCCUGAUGCUGCCGAACCUGCGCCAAAGGUUGCCGACGCCUCCAACAAGCCCGAAAAGCGCCAGGUAUAUCUUGCUUCCCUUUCCCAUUCACCCCUCGGAGAAGUUUCCUGUGCCCGCCAGCUGACGACUCAAAGCACCGUCGUCAUCCUCGAGCCUCCCGCAGGCGAGGGCCGUCCGUUUCGAGUGCUCCCGCAAAGCGAAGAGUUCCCAGACGACCAGGAAGGGACCAUCGCCGACAAGCCACCGCUCUUCGCUCACGAGUGCGCAGGCAUGCACGAGAUGGACGACGAGCUGACCGAAGAGGAAGGGGGCGACGCAGCUCAAACGCCGCCACCGUUUGAGGAUAUUGACCCUAACAGCGUCGAUCUGAACGACCCGACCCUGGAGCACUUCCCUUCAUCCAGAGAAGACAUCAUGGACAGGGUUCAAAAGCUCAAAACCGGUCUCCCUGCCGACCACGCUUCGUUUAGCUGCAAGCCUCCUAGUCCGGUAGUCAAUCCGUCACGGCGCGGGACCGAAGACAUCACGGGUGAUUUCCUCCUGGUAAACCCUCAAUCCGCAUCUCCUACCACGCGCCGCGCCUCCAAAAACACACCUAGAGGCUCCAUCGGCUCGUUUAGUGCGACGGCCUCGCUCCAUUCCAUCUCGGAAAACGAAGAAGCAGUCGAAGAUGAGAUCGACGACCGUCCUGCUGUUGUGUUUUCGAACCCCUUAAAACCCAGGCCUAAGCGCCUAAACAUCCCGGCCAGUGACGAGGACGAACGUAUCGCCCUGCGAGAAAGCGUGAGCCUUACGGCGCUCAAGUCACCGCGAGCCUCGGUCGUGUCGUCUGAGGGCUCCUCCCCCCCCUCCCCUAAGACGGUGUGGAAGGAUGGCCGCCCGGCCGAUCUGACGUCUGCUGAGGUUGAACUAGGCAAGGAUAAGGAUCGCUCGAUUGAGGAAGUCAAGCUGCACCCGACUCCGCAGGCUAGCGAUCCGGGUCCUGGACAGACCGGUCCCGAGACACGCGGAGAGGAAGCCAAGAAGGAAGACACAGGGAUGACUGAAAGCCCCGUCAGCUACGCAGGCGUUGCAGCAACGAAGUCUGCAGGGGUUACCACAAAGGCAGAGUACACACCCGGCCGCAAGACCAGCGAGGGCCCUGGCGAAAGCAAAAAGACCACAUCCCAGGGCCCCAGGCGGCUUAGCUACGCCGAAGUUGCAGCGUCGAAACCCGCCAAGGCCGAAGCCCCCAGCGAGGGCACGCCUAAGGGUCCGAAGCCUCCGCGGGCCGAGCACCGGCCGGAGAGCGGCGGCGGCGGCAGAGGCAAGGACAGGGCGGCCCCCCACCCGUCCGGUCCCAGGCGCCCGAGCUACGCCGAAGUCGCCGCAUCAAGGCUUUCUCCUCCUCCUCCUCCUCCUCCUCCUCCUCCUCCCCCUUCCAGCGACGACGCAUCCAAGGCCCAACCGGCACCUCCUACUUCUUCCGCCGGUGCCGAGUCGUCCGCAUCCAAGCCCGCCACCACUGACACCAGCGCCGCCGACCGCGAUCAACAUGAAGGCGGGUCUACAUCCAAGGACCUGCGGAAACGAGCAGGUGGCGCCGGCGGCGGUACCAGCGGCCCGGAACCCACCAGGACGUCGGAUUCUGGCAGCGUCGGCGUCCCCGCCGUUCAUCCCAAGUACGGGGCCGACUGGGUCAGGGCCAUGUUCAGGCUCGUCUUUGUGGACUUGGUCGGCGGGGCGGUCAAGAGGGUGCUGAGGCUGUUUGGCCUGGACAGGUUGUUUGGGGCGGGAAGGGGAAGAGAGGGUGAGAGGGACGCGUGAGACGACGUUGUCGAAGGCAUCGUUUCUUUCUUUAAUGUACAGAAAUUGAUCGCACUAGGAAGGAGAGGGAGGUGGUAUGGCAAGAUACGAAUCCAUAUCUGCGGGUUUCCUCCACGACUCGGACUGCUCGAAGGAAUGAGGAUGGUGAUUCAGAAUGAUUCUUCGAUGCAUGAGGUUCGGGAAUAAUAGCGGUAGUUGCUAAUAUUGUAGUUGUUUUCUUGUCAGUAUGGUGUGUCCGUCCGACAGCCUUUUU